AUGGAGCCGGCAGAGUUGGAAUUUAUCGGUGAAAAUUCAUUAAUAAGUGUGAUACCCAAUUUCAAUCAUGACUCGAUCUAUCUCAUAUCGGGCACUAUCGAACCAUUUCGGGGAGGCACACCGCUCUACGUUCCGCUGUGGUUAGGGAUCCAUCUUCGGCAGCAGCAAAAGUGUCGCAUUGUAGCACCUAACUGGAUGGACAUCGAUCUACUGGAAGAUAUCAAAGAAACCGAGAAACGUGUCAGUGCCUUUACUAAAAUGCCCAGUCGUAACUACAUGGUGGAAGCUAAACUCAUCCUUAGCACUGCACCGGAAGACGUUCCUUCGUCCGAUGUUAUCAAAACACUCAUCAAAGAUAUCUACGAUGUGCGUUGUGCAAAGCUGCGUACGACGGUAGAAAAUUUCAUCAAAAGCGAAGAAUCACACACGGUAAAUUUGGAGAAUGUUACCGUACUAGAGCUUCAUACGAUACAACCGUUGCUUCCGCAUGUAAUGGAUUUUUUGGGACGGAUAGAGCAAACGCACAAGGUGAUCCGGUCGGCGAAUACCACCAGCCAAUCGUUCACUUUAGGCAGUAGCACCAGUUUUGGAACAUCAGGAACAUCCUCCAGCCUAUGGUGA